UACCUGGGUAUUCCGUACGCGAAGCCGCCGGUGGGCGACUUGAGGUUUGCUCCGACGCAGACGUUUGUUGCAACAGAUGCGUACGAGGCCGCCGCCUUCGGAUACGACUGCCCCUUGACCGCAUCGAAGCCAGUCAAUUACCCGGGUUUCACGCCCGAGGCACAGAGGAUAGUCAACUACUUUGCCUCUGCCGCGGGUACGCCACAGAGUGAGGACUGCCUGACCCUGAAUAUCUGGACCAGGCCACAACCCGCCAAUGCCGGGAAGGCGAACAAGCCGGUGCUCGUCUUUUUCUACGGUGGA